AUGUUGUGGAGAGGCUGGAAUUUCCUCAACCUUAUUAUGUUAUGCUGGAAAAGCGUAGGCAAAUGUAGAGUUUAUUCCAUCCUGAUCAGACAUUCAAACCAUGAACUAGGAGCGAAAAAAUCGCUAGAAGAAACGAGAGAAGUCAAAAAAAGGAUUCAAAGGGAGAAGAACUGGUUUAAUCGACGUGAUUCCGUGUUACAUUUAGUGAAAAACAUAGUCGCUGGCACCUAUGUUUACCUGAUUGAAAGAGGGGCCAGUAUGGAUCUCCUAAAACCGAACGGCGGGCGAGUUCCCGUCAUGCAUCGUGGCGGGCAAAACGCGGAUGUUUGCCCGACGCACGUCUCGCGAUUGGCGCGUGAGAUCAUUCAUCAGGGUCAACAGCCAAAAGGCAUCGUGGGAAGCUUCAGAAGGCUCUCGGCUCCUUGCUUGCGCUCCUCGUCCAUCCGGCUAUCGGAAGUUCUCGAUGUGAAACACGUGUUACACGGCGAAAAAGAGGGAGAAUGGCUCGUCGUGCGGCGAUACCUCAAGAUCUCUACCGUUUCUGCUCGGUCAUCGAACUCGAGUCAGAUGUCCCGCUCAGCGCAUGAACAAUUUUACUAUGGGAUCGAGGACCAAGCACGUCGACCAGCGUCGCUUCGUUCCGUUACAGAAACUCGCCAGAAAGGAUUCCAUGGACAAACGCGACUAAUCACUGUCACGCCAGAUGCAAUAAUUCCAUCGAUAAAUGAACCUAUCGAGGCUAGCGGAGGUUCACGAAGACGUCGAAGUGACCUGUUUGAUGCACGUGGUCGUCGGCAGUGUGUCACUUGGGAGACGAUGACUGACGAGGAACGCGAAGAAGUGCAGAGAAUGAAGAGGAAGGACGAGGCAUACAAGACGGCUUUAUGCGACGCAUUCAAGAAAUUUGGCUUCUGUCCCUACGGGGAAGGCUGUCGAUUUGCUCACGGCGAUAGCGAAUUGCGUCUCCCUGCUCAGCCUCGCGGAAAGGCGCAUCCAAAAUACAAAACUCAGCUUUGUGACAAAUUCUCCACAUUCGGACACUGCCCGUACGGACCACGUUGCCAAUUCAUUCAUAAGUUGAAAAAAGGAUUGCCUCUGAUCCAGUAUGAGCGGCUUCUUGCAGCAGGACAGAUCUCGCCUGAAAGAGAGGAUGAGUCUCGCAUGCCACCUGUUUCCCAAUCUCGUCGCUCGUCCGCCAUAAGUCCAAACAGAAAUCGCGCGGACACAGCGAGAAGGCUAUCGUUCGAUCGUGAGAAUUCAUUUACUCCAAGGCAGAAGAUCCCCAAUGCGAUAUAUCCGAAAAUGGAGAUCAUCAAUAUUGAACGUGCGUGCAAAUAUGCAAAUGAUAUCGUUGAGAAAACGACCAAUACACGUCGCCGUUCCGUGGAAUUUGACGACAUGAGGCCAGCCAUAGACUUUAGCAGUGGACAAAUGGGAAGGUCCUCGUCAAUGCAUUCCCUUGCUAACCGUGGAAUGAUCGGAGACGUCCGCAGCACACCGAUGGCGCAGCCGGUUGACCCUGGCGACAUGCAAGUGGAUACUCGUGUUGUGCAGAAGAACAAGAAACAUCCGGAUCUAUCACUGAUUAAAGAAGAACCCGAAGAAGCACAAACUCAAGAGGGAUCACCACGUGGUAAUCGCACUAAACGUGGUCAAUGGCCAGAGAAAGCUCUAGGAACGAAGAUGGACACAAUUACCGAGGACGACAAGGAGAACAACGUGAGCAAACAGAGUCGCUCAAAUGAAACGGAACUUCUUGUGCAGUCGUGCGAUGAGGAACUUCUUGCGCAGGGACUUUAUGACCACAGAUACCCAGACACGCCGACUGAUCUUCUAGAGCAGUGGAAGGAGUUGCGUGCGCACUAA